UUUUUUUUUUUUCUUUUUUUUUUACUGCUUCAUAAAAUAAUCUACUUCAAAACCCUGGCUAUGAUACAUUUUAAAGGAUACAUAGGGGCAUGUUGUUCCUGGUACUUCUGUCUUCCCAGAACACAGUGACAUCUUGUGGCAAGGGAAAGGAUUGUGUGUCCUUUUUCUUCAGAUUCAUCUGAAUUUACAGAUGGUUUACAGAUGAAAGUCUAAAUCAGUUCUGUGCAACUGCUACUGCAGUACUUUCACCUGUAAUAGGGACUCUUUCCGAAUUUUGUGUUAAGUACAAGUUUGUUCUAAGUCCUUUUUUGUACUGAAAAAAGACCAAACCUUGGUUUCUACGAUAUUGCAAAUGCAGACCAAAGCAGGGUUUACGCCCUGUCCCUGAUGUUUUAGGACCCUCCCCUGACAUGGCUGUCCUUUGCAGCUGAUAUUUGGAUACACUCCUAGUUGUCAGCAUGAAAACUGCACAUUGUGAUUGGAACUCUGCACCCCAAAAGAAGCCCUCUCCCUGCGAUCGAUACAAACAUGCUUGCAUUGUCUGCAGAGGCUUUGUUUACCUCUAUGGAGGGCGGAACACCAGCAGUCUCAGGGAUUUUUGGAGGUACCAUAUAGUGAAAAAUGAAUGGGAAAUGCUGGAUUGCUCAAGAGAUGGUCCAGAAGAACUGGAAGAACAUUCAAUGGUGGCUCAUAAGGGCACCCUGUGUAUUUUCGGUGGGAUGGUGGAUUCUGCUUUCACACAAGCAAAAACUCCUCUCUGGAUAUAUGACAUUGAUUCUGCAAGAUGGACAGAGUGCUGCAACGUACCAGCAGAGACUGAGAGUUCAGCACCGACUAACAGAAAAGGUCACAGUGCAGUAGUGUACCAUUCCAGCAUGUACAUCUACGGGGGAUACUUUGGCAUCAGAGGCAUUUCACAGGAGUUUUGGAGUUUUCAUUUUGAUACAAGAAAAUGGUUGUGUGUUUCCCCCCCACCUCACAGUCCUGGCCCAGGACCUCGGCAUGGCCAUUCAGCAGUGGUUUAUCACACAGGCAUGUACCUCUUUGGGGGACUGAUGGGGCUGAGUGAACAGAAGGACUUAUGGAAGUGGGACUUUGUAAGCAGCAGCUGGUCCAACAUCAGAACAAGCCACGGACCCCCUCCAGUGGUAGGUCAUGCUUCAGUAGUCUUCAAAGACUUUAUGCUGAUUUUUGGUGGAGGGAUUUUGAAUUCCAGUCCUAACAAUGACCUCUGGAAGUAUCAUUUCCACACGCAGACAUGGAAGAAGCUCAGUAGUACUACAAAGGCAAACUUUUCUCCUAAAAUGUAUCACUGCAUCUUAGGAAUUGGUGUUGAUUUCCAGACUACCUCAGAUUUCACUAACACCUUCCCCAGCCACUGGAAGAGUGAGCAGAAGGACCGUCACCAGCUGGUGACCAUCCCGAAGCACACUCGCUUUUCCAGCUGCUUCCGGCAGCAGCCGCCCUACCGCGCGCUCGGCACCCAGGAGAGCAGCGACGCCAUCGAGAUGAAAACCUUCAGCUUGCCCCUAGAGCCAGGGGGCUUCUGUGUGUUUCAAACCACUCCAGAGGAGGCAGAACCCGACCCAAACGCAGCCACAGGCCUUUUGUCCAAGGACAAGUCUCUCCAUCUCUUUGUCUCCUCAGAAAAAGGGACUCACGCUGCUGCUCGGGCUGCGGGAGAAGAGGAGGGGAGGGAUGGUCAGCGCGUGACUGCAGCGGGUGAAGGCAGCAGUGGCACCAACGUGCUGCUGCUCGUUGGGGGAAAACCUUUGUCUGGCUUCUCGGAGAUCUCGUUCUGGCAAGUGGAGUUUGAUGGCUUGUGACCACUUUGACUGCAAAGGGAAAGAAUUAAUUUCCACCAAUGUGCCAGUAGGUGGAAAACCAACUGCUUGCAUCCGUCUUCUUCCUGUCAGCACACGGGGGAACAAAAUAAAUUAAACCUUCUCAUACUUGCUGUGAACAGAUUUUUUUUUUUUUUUGCAAUGUGUACAAAAUCUGACAUAUAUUUAAGUGACAAUUUGCACGUAAGUUGCAAUUUCUGAGAAGAGCUUGUUGGAAUGCUGCUCUUUUUGUUACUUUUCCUUCUGGCCUGUUAAUAAAGAACCUUUCAAAGUGCAGUGACUGAUGCUGAAAAUUAGAACUACAGGUAACCCCUCCUGGCUCCAUAGCUGCCAUUGCAGGUGCAAAGCUUGCUGCUUUUGCACUGGGAUAGGAAAUUAACAUGCAUCCAUAAAACUGUAUAUUUAAAUAAAGUUUGUGCACAUUACACUCAUAUUUCAGAGACUGGAUGACUCUUAAUGGCAACAUUUUCCAAGAUGUUUUAAGAUUUUUGUUUUCUCCAGAGCAUUAUUUGCAUGAUUUAUUUGCAACACAAGCUUGCCUAUGACAAAGAAGAAACCCAACAAAGAGAUCAGCAAGUGGAAUCUAGAAGAUAUUAAAGGAUUGCACCUAACCCUGAGGAAGUGAAAGCACGAGUACCCCUGGAAAAUCCUGUGCAGCAUUAGGCCAGAGGAAGUACCUUACACCUGGAAGCAGAGUUGCCCAGUGAACACAGGGUGCAGUGGCUGGACACAGGAUGAAAAUGUCUUGACAUUCUGCAGGGGAGGUGACAUGGAAAAAAAAGCACAAGGCUUGACAGGAGCGACACAAAGCAGGAGCUGUUCUGACAGAUUUACGCUACAGAGGCCAGGGAUGCCGCGCUCACAACCACAGAGCUCACAUCACAG